ACAGGUGAUCUCUGAGUGCAGUCCAAUAUGUGUCACAUGCCGCCCAUGACAUCUUACAGUUGCUUCUCAUAUUCCAGUAGGAGAUCACCGAUUCGGAGGGAUGGAAGAUUGAUGUGUUCGCUCUGUUGAUUCCAUAAAUCGAACAGGCUCCAUCAAAUCAAGGGCCAGAAUCCAGAUCGACGGUGAUAAGUCGUUCGUUCCAACCCACUAAGGAAUUCUCAGCCGUCGGCUCCCUAAGCCAGCCGCCUCAUGCAUCUCCGCUCCCCCAGUCUCCGACGCCUCGAGCGAGCCCACGCUCGCCUCCUCAAGCUCGACCCGUCCCUCUCCUCCUCCACCGCCGCCACUCUCCUCUCCCUUUAUCCCCUCGCCGCUCAUGGCGGCGCCUCCUACGCCAAAUCCCUCUUCUCUCAAUUCCUCCGACCCUCGGUUCUCCACUGGAACACCUUUAUUCGAGGCCUCUCCUCUGGCGAGAACCCUCACGAAGCCAUCCGUGUCUUCCGUUCCAUGCUCCGCGGAGGCUUUCUACCCAACAACUUCACGUACCCGUUCCUUCUCAAGGCAUGCGCAGCGUGCGCGUCGGAAUCGUACGGUUGCGCCGCGCAUGCGCGAAUCGUGAAGACCGGGCUGGAGCUCGAUCCUUACAUACAGAGUGCCUUGAUUCAUGCGUACUCCGAGAGUAAGGAUCUUGGCGCCGCUCGCCGGGUGUUCGACCAGUGCGACGACCGGGAGACCGUCUGCUGGAAUGCCAUGAUCGACGGGUACGUCAAAGCCGGAGAGUUGGACCUCGCGCGGGGCGUCUUCGAUAGGAUGGAGCGCAAGGAUGUUGUCUCGUGGAACACGAUGAUGAAUGGUUGUGCGAUUCUGGGGGACUUGAGCGAGGCGCGAAAGCUGUUCGCCGGAAUGCCCCAGAGGAAUGUGGUUUCCUGGAACUCCAUGCUCGCCGCUCACGCGAAAUGCGGGGAUGUCGAGGGGGCUCGCAGGGUGUUCGCCGAGAUGCCGAAGCGCGACAUCAUCUCGUGGAACACGAUGUUGGCGUGUCUAGCGCAAAGCGGGUGCUCCGAAGAAGCUCUUGCGCUAUUCGAUGAGAUGAGGCGCACCGACGAGAAGCCGACCGACGCGACGAUGGUGAGCUUGUUAUCAGCCUGCGCGCACUCGGGAGCUUUGGAUCAAGGGGAGCAACUCCACGCAUCCAUGGAAGAGCACAAGAUAAAGCUCAAUACCAUCCUGAGCACCGCUUUGGUAGACAUGUACGCCAAGUGCGGAAGCAUAUCACGCGCAGCGGAGAUCUUCUACGCCAUCGAGCAAAAGGAUCUGCUUGCAUGGAACGCAAUCAUCGGCGGAAUGGCCAUCCACGGACGUGCUGAUGAAGCGCUUCAGCUGUUUGAUGAAAUGACCAAGAGCGGCGUGAGGCCGGACGACAUCACGUUCGUGAUGGUUCUUACCGCCUGUAGUCACACGGGAAUGGUGAAAGAAGGCAGGCGGAUGCUGAGCUGCAUGAAGGAUAGCCAUGGAAUCGAUCCGAAGCUGGAGCACUAUGGAUGCGUCAUCGAUCUCUUGGCACGCGCGGGCUUGUUCGAGGAGGCAGCGGAGCUUACAAGAGCGAUGCCGAUGGAGCCCAGCGCGCCUGCCUUGGGGGCUCUGCUUGGUGGGUGCAGGAUUCACAGGAACAGCGAGGUUGCAGAUGGUGUUGGCAGACACCUUCUUCACCUUCAACCGGGGCACAGCGGCCGGUACGUCCUGCUAUCCAACAUCUACGCGACAGCCGGUCGCUGGGAUGAUGCCAAGGAAGUCAGAGGCAGGAUGCUGAUAAAUGGAGUAGCCAAGACGCCUGGUAUGAGCAUGAUAGAACCCAAUGGCACACCAAGUUCUGCCUCAAGCUGAUGGAGAUAAAACAAAGGAAGACGAGGAGGAGGAGCAAGCGGUGUCUGUGCACGGUGAGAAGUUGACCAUUGCUUUCGGGGCUCUUGAAAACGAGCUCCGAGGCUGCCAUUACCGUCAUCAAGAAGCAGCUCAGAGUAUGCAGUGAUUGCCAUGGUGUUGGCAAGCUGAUCUCAAAGGUUCAAGGAAGAGGGGCUGGAGCAUACUUGAAGCUCAAUCCAAGAUGCAGUGGUAGUAAAACAUCGAUCGGCUGACAGAAGAAAAGUCUGCUUCAAAUUUAAAUGUACACAACAUUGGGUCAACAGAACGUUCAGAGCUAAAUAGUCUUCUGCACAAAAGACGAUAUGAAUCGGUUGCCACUAUAUAACACACAAUCUGAAAGGAUAAAGAUUGCAACCACUUACAGUGGUGGUCUGCAGAUUACAGAAAACAUAAGUGGUGUCAUUUCUGUGUGCUUUCAGUCUUCUCAGCAGAUGUGAAGGAGACCGGGUUCUGUGGAUCGUCUUUCACAGUCAGGCUCAGCACCUCAGGCCUCGAGUAGUGUCCAACCACAUCGAAAACAAACUUGGCUCGCACGAUUUCUCCAAGAUCUACAUAUCAUGUGGUAAGAGACUUAUCUUUUGUUUAGAUGCAAGGUAAUGAAAAUAUGGAGUACAGAAUUCAACUGUUGAGUUUUCACAGGUAAAGGACCAUUCCUAACUAUCCCCAUUUCAUUGCAUCAUUCAUCCUGCUCAAGAUGUGGAAUAUAGAUUGCUGAUGUUAUAAGCUAUAUUUUUCCACAUGAAUUAAUAUGCAGAUCUAGGUUGUGAAGGUUGAUUUUCAUAUACUUACAUGUCUUUCACAUUUUACUUCUGUUUGCAACUGCAAAGUUUCAUUUUCCUUGUCUGAACAAAUCAAAAGUUAUAUAUGCUUUUUUUUUCUGCAUGAAUUAAUAUGCAGAUCUAGGUCUGAAAGUUUGCUUUUCGAAUACCUUCAUGUUUUCACGUUCUACUUCAUCUGAACAAAUCCAGGUCAAAAUGUGCAAAUAUCUUUUAAUUCAUGGCCUCAUUCCAGAUGACAAAAUGUUCAAGUGUUAUCUUUAAGCAGUAAUUUUCAUACCUAGAUCUGCUGAGAUGAGGGCCUCUCCUUCGUAGUUGGGACCAGCCAAGACUGCGCCUGAUGGUGAAACGAUGACGCUUCCUCCAGCACACACAACAGAAUCCAUCGAUGGUUCUUCCUCUGCACCUGCAAAGACAUAGUCAGGUGGUGGAGGAUAGUCCUUUCUCCUGCAAAACUGGUUUGCGGACAGCACAAAGCAGCCACCCUCAAGAGCAAUAUGCACCAUGGAAGCUUGCCAAACAUCCCUGGCAUCUGCUGUGGGAGCACAAUAUAUUUCGACGCCUGCAGAACAAUGGUACAGGCAACAGUAAAGGAUUUGUUUCUUCUUUCUUUUCUUUUUUCCUUCUACAAAAGCACACCAUCUGAUUGAUGGAUUAUUAAUAAAAUAAAAUUGUUUAUCAAUGUUAAA